GUUGUUGCUGUUGUGUUGUGUGUUUAUUCAGUAUGUGAUUUGUUCUGAGAUUAUAUUGUUGACACACCCCGCGCCCUAUCCACCAAUCAUGGUCAAAUCUUUGGUAUCCAAGCUAUCCACAGCAUCAUCUAAUCUCUCCCUGGCCAGCACAUUUGGCGUCGGCAGCGGCAGCAGCAGUGGAGGAGCCGAGGAAACUAAUUACGCAAAACAUCGCAACGAUCCGGGACGCUUUUUCGGCGAUGGCGUACAAUUUAAGGCAAAACUCAUUGGCAUUUUGGAGGUGGGUGAGGCUCGUGGGGAUCGUAUGUGCCAAGAGGCUUUACAGGACUUAAAAAUGGCCAUACGAGCAGCUGGAGAGCAUAAACAAAGAAUCACCAUACAUGUGACCAUCGAUGGCCUCAGAUUGAGGGAUGAGAAGACUGGUGAUUCAUUAUAUCAUCAUCCAGUGCAUAAGAUAUCGUUUAUAGCACAGGAUAUGACAGAUUCGCGUGCCUUUGGCUAUAUAUUUGGCUCACCGGAUAGUGGACAUCGUUUCUUUGGCAUCAAGACGGACAAGGCGGCCAGCCAGGUGGUGCUGGCUAUGCGAGAUCUCUUUCAGGUGGUUUUUGAGUUAAAGAAAAAAGAAAUUGAGAUGGCACGCCAGCAAAUUCAAGGCAAAUCCUUGCAUGAUCAUGCCAGCCAGUUGGCCUCCUUGUCCUCAUUGAAGUCGGCGGUUGGUGGUCAUGUUGGCGAUCUGGCUUCGGGUGGUGCCAGUUCUGCUGGACAUGCCCUAACCCUACUAAAUGUGGCUUCCAAUGGCUCUGCACGUUUGGGUGUAAAUCUCGAUGUGGCGAAGACAUCAGGAGCAGCAGCCAAAGAGAUAUCUCCUGAAUCUGUAGCUGAUUUGGUUGAUCUUGAACAGGAAUUGACUUCUCUGCAACGUGGCAUCACACAAAUGGAGCGAAUAACCCCAAAUGAUCCCACUGGUUUGGCUGGUGGUGGUGUUUCUGGUGCUUCUCAUUUAGCCAAAUCUGCCAGCGAAGAUGAUCCUUUUGGUGAUUCAUUCAUAUAUGUGCCAUCGUAUAAUAUAUUGCCACCGCCACCAGAUUCCGGUGGUCGUAAUCGUCAUAAGCCUCCUAGCAGCUCUAGCACUAAGACACCCGAAACUCUGGAUGCCAUGCUAUCACCAGUUCCUGGUACUAGUGGAUCACCAGCCACAUUGCAACCUGAACAAAACGAUGAUGAUAAUUGGUUGCAUGAACUGACCGAACAAAGUGAUGUCUUUGAUACCACCAAGGUGCUGCCCAUGGCCCCAUUGGCGGCAAGCGAAUCAUCGGCAACGCCCACACAGCAAUUGAAUGAGAUUUCCACUUCAUCAUCGUCAGCAGCAGUUGUAGCAGCAGCCGCCGCAGCAGCAGCAGCUUCAGCGCCAGCGCCCCUCGAUGAGAUCGGAAUUGAGGUGGGGUUAGGUUUAGAGACUGAACAACUAUCAUCAGCUGGUGGGGCAUCAGCGGUCAUAUCGUCGGAUGCCUUUACCGAUUUGGACCCAUUGGGAACGGGACGAACACGUCCGUAUGUCGAUAAGAAAUACUUUUUCCAAGAGCUUAAGAAUCCACCGAAAAAAGUACUGAAAGAGCUGAGCGUGAGUCAGGGCCUCGAUCAGGGCGGUCAGGGAGCAGGCAGCCUAAGCAUGGGAAUUGAUUUUCUUCUGGCCAAGGAUAGUCUAUUCGAUGAGGAGGCAGCAGCAGCCACAGCAGCAGGAUCAGCAGAAUUGCCAACAACAACAACAACAACGGCUGAAGGAGCAGCAACAUCAGGUCUGGAUAUACUGGAGGAUCCGGUUCUAUUGCCACGCGAUACAGAUCCAUUCUCACCCACACGCAAGAAGAGUGAUCCCGAUCCGGAUCCAUUCCAAGAGGCCAGCGGUGAUCUCUUUGCCAAAUUGGAUGCCUUUGAGUUCGAUCCGCCUCCUUCAAUGGCGGCGGCAGCAGUUGCAGCAGUGACAACUCCAGUCCCAGCACCAGUCGAGAUGAAGCAACUGCCCGCAAGUGUCUUCAAUGGACCACUUCAAGUACAAUUGCCGCCAGAGAAAAGCGAUCCACCUCCAAUGCAAUUCUCCAGUAUUCGCACACGUCCCACGCCCGCUAUCUCUUCCAGUGUGGGUGUGGCCAAUCCACUGGAUGUCAUCUCUAGCAUUGGCAACAAGAAGAUGCCCCAUCUGUUUGGCCAGGCACGCUUCUCGAAGCGCAGCGGUGGCAGCGAUUCCUCAUCAUCGGCCAUCGGUUCGAGUGUCAAUAUGCGACGUCUGCAGGAGAGCGACUCCUUAAGUGAGAAUGAGACUGCACCGGAGCCGCCACCACGACCCGAUUUGGCCCCGUACUCGGAGCCACCGCCAUUGCCACCGAAGAAACAGUUCAGUGAUCUGGUCAUACGUCCAACACCGACUCCAACCCCGGCCACAGGACGUUAUGAGUAUUUGAAUAGCUCCACGCGACGCAGCUUAAGCACUUCGGCGACAGCUGCUGCGGCUGCUGGAGAUGCUCCACCCAUUCCGUUGCCAUCGCGUCGCGUGGGUCGCUCCGAUGGCUGUUUCCCCGGACCCGGUCGUCCCCGCAAGCCCGGCCAUACCGAGGACGAUUAUUUGGCUCCCCUGGGUGGUGUGGCACCACCGCCACCACUUUUACCGCCUCCAAAUCAAGCCACUGGCCGAGCACGUCCCCAGAGACAAGCAUCGUUGGGUCGCGGCCAGGAUAUCUAUGAGAAUAAGGCGGAAAUCUUACAGGCAGCGGCUCAAGCGCAAGCCCAGAAUCAAUCUCAGACUCAAACUUUGGCUCCCGAUAUAACGCUGACACAGUUACUCACCCUCGGUAUGGAUGAGUUGGCAUUGAAACUGAAUGUUCCAGCCUCAAAGCUAAGCACCAUGACGCUGGUCCAACUGACAGCCUAUCUAUCCGAGUAUUUAUCCACCAGCGGCAAGGCAACUCCCCCAGUGGUGGGCACCACAAACACAACCAGCAGCAGCGGCAUCACCACAAUUACCACGACUAGCAACGCCACCACCAUCACCUCUGCCUCCUCGGGCACUUCGGCUGUAUUCAAAGUGAACUUUGAUCAGCAGACAUCAUUUGUGGCCAAAUUCGAUGAUACGUUUGGUGAGGAUUUGCCCCAACAUCAUAAUCAGCAGCAGCAGCAGCUGGAGGAUGACGCAUCUUCCAGCACUUUUGUGGCCAACUUUGCCAACUUCAAUGAGGCACCAUCAGCUGUGGCCACUGUGCCGCCGGCCGAUCGUUAUGCGGUGUUCCGUGAGAUCAUUGACCAGGAGCUACAGCAGCAGCAACAGGAAACAGAUCUAAUGGGUGAUCUUACGCCACCGCCCCAACAAGAUGAACCCCUGCCAAGUGAAGAUGCUGCACCAGAACUGGAUGCAGACGCGAUUCUCCAUGAAGCAGCUCCCCAGCCUCCGAAGAUCGAUACUAAAAUCACUGAAGUGGUAGCCCAGGCCAAAGAUCGCUAUGCCGCCUUAAGGGACAUCAUUCUGGUAGAGAAUCUCUUCGACAAGCCUACGACGCCGUCGGUUGCGUCACAGCCACCGGAGAAGGAUCUAUUGCAAGAUUUUCCCGAAUUCAGUGAUCAGGAAUUCAAUGAGGAACAAAUAAUGGACUCGGCCCAACCGGAUCGCUUUCCAGCUGAACCCUCAUCGUCGGCCCUUACCGUGGACGAUGACGAUGAAGAUGAGGAUGCCGAUGCCGGUGGAGAGAGCAGCCUCGAUAGCAAUGAAAAGGAUACCGAGCAGAUAAGUGGACAAGAUCAAUAUGAAAAGCUAACAACAUCGACCCAACAGUUGGAUAAGACCGAAACUAAAAUGCCUGAAGAGCAUUCAAAAUCGAACAAGCAGCAGCAGCUGCAGGACAACAAAUUCCUUAUGGUCACCACAACCGUGGUGGCCAAAGAUGAUAUCGAAAUCGAUGAGCUUAUGCAAAGGGCCAUUUCCAAUUUGUCCCUAGACUCGCGAGAUCGAAUCUCACCGGCCACUUCGUCGGCAGCUCCAUCGCGUGGUGCUCAUAGUUUGCAUACACCGUCGCAGUUCAAUGAUGUCAGCACUUCGCCCAUUCCAUUGCAAAAGUCUCCAGCUCCGGGUGCAGUUCAUCAUCAUCAUCAUCAACAACAUCAUCAAGGACCGUCGCCUGUGCCCUCUCAACUGUCGGCCGUCUCGCAGCUAAUUGACUCUGCCACCAAGCAAAUGAUGGGUGAACGUGAACGGGAACGGGAACGAGAUAAACAAUCCUGGGCCACUUUUGAUUCACCGAAAGUAAGUGCCGCGGCAACUGUGGGAGCUGGGAGCAAAGGAAAGGCACGUCUUACCCUACCACCGCCACCAGCUUCGAAUACCUCGCAACAGGAUACCGCAGAGUCACCAUGCAGUUCCGAUCCCCGUGACGAUGGCAGCUGUUGGUCCAAACAGCAAAGACGUUGGGCCAAGAAAGAGCAACGUCAGCAAACAUCCUCAUCAUCACGAGAUCUCAGCCCGUGGGAUGAUGAGACUCCUGAAUAUCUAAAGCGAAGACAAAUACCGCCGCCAUCAUCACAUCCAGGCCAUGGACCACCGCCACAUGCCGAUCGUCAUGGCUAUUAUAUGAGACACGCGAGACGUAUGAAUUCCUGCGAUGAGGAUUAUGAUUAUGAUGCCGCCGAGUUCUGUGCCCGAAGGGAACGAGAUCAACAGGCAACGCAACGCAAAUUCAAACAUGGCCUAUCCCGCAGUAGGGAUAACUUUGAUUUGGAUUCACCCAGUUGGUAUCAUCAUCCGGCUCAUCAUACUUGGUCACCGCAAGAGAUCGAGCAAGGUGUCCGAGCGCGUUCCUUUGAGCGUAGUGCCUAUGAGCGUUCCAGCUAUGGACCACCGCCUCCCAUGUAUGAUAAACGUGGCCAGGCAUUGCCUCGUGAACGACCCAGCAAAUAUCGUGGCGAGCGGGAACGAGAGCGCGAGCGCGAAAGGGAGCGAGAGAGAGAAUAUCGGGAUUAUUCGAGGCCAAGCUAUGAAUUCGACUAUGAGAAUGUCUAUGAGGAAAGGGGACGUUCCCCAAUGACCUAUAAGACGCAACGCGGUGAAUAUCUUUAUCAACACGACAGGGAUAGAGAAAGGAAAUCCUUUGAUCGCGAGAGUCUCGAAUCCUACGAGAGUGCCACACGCAGACGACGCAGCUUUGGCAGCGGCAAUGAUGUCUAUGGCAGUCUGGAUAGUCGAGAUGAGUAUCGAGAGACAAGGGAUCGAGAUAGAGAGCAAAUGAAAACCCGCUCGUUACGUAAGCCAGCCUCCAGUUCGGCCAAACUGCGCAUUACCGGAGAUAUAGACUAUGAGCAGGAUUCGGAACAGGAUUUCCAGCAACAGCAGCAGCAGCGAACAAGUUCCCGAAGCCUGCAGAGGCCCAGUCAACUAAGUGGAGUUGAGGUGGGACCUCCUGGUGUAGGUGUAAGUGGUGCUGGAUCUGUUGGACCGCCACGUUUGCGUAAAAGCAGCGGCUCCAGUCCUUGGGAUGGCGAAGAACCCUCAUUGCCUGGGCAGAAAUCAUGGAAGAGGCCAGGCAGUGCCGCUGAGAGUCGUCGACAGGUAGUUGCUUUGGGUCAGCCUCCCUCAGAUGGCGAAAAGGAACGCAGAUUCCGCAAAAAGACCCGCGCUCGCAGUACUAAAGAUUUAGCCUCAACUGGUGGUGGUUCGGUCAAUCCCUCACGUUAUGCUGGCCCACCGAUGGGACGUGGUCUGAGAGAUAACUAUGAUUACAUUAGUUGCCAACACGAUCAGAAUGUAGACGAUGAUGAGGACGAAGAUGACGACGAGGACUAUGUGGACGAUGAGCCACCAACAGAUGAGGACAAAUUCGAGCGUUUAAAUCGUCGACGCCAUGAGAUGCAUCAACGUAUGCUGGAGAGCGAACGUCGUCAAAUGGAGCGACACGCUCCCUCAUUGGCCAAACUCCCGGGCCAGAAUCGCCCGAGUCGUGGCGGCAAUGCGAGCAAUGUGAAUAGUGAUUAUGGUUUUGUCGAUAGCUAUGAACAGACACCGACACCCACACCAAGAUCGAAUGCCAGCAGCACUGCAGCCAACAUGAUGCUAAGCGGUGGCGAAUCUUCAGCUGGUCUCGGUGGCAAUGGAGGAGGAAGUGGUGGUGGUGGUGGUGGUGGAGGUGGUGGCGCUGGCGGUGGCGGUGGCGCCGUUGAACGAGGAAAAUUCAAUUUCGAUGAUGGUUUUGAAUCAGAUUUCAAUCAAAGUUCACCACCACCAGCACCGGCUGGCACCGCAUCCAGUUGUAAUUCCACACCAGCCGGUCUAGUCUCAGUCAGCAGCGCAGGCGGCGGCGGCAGCGGUGGUGGCGGAAGUGGUGGUGCUGGUUCGAAAUCAAUAUUCCGUUUCUCCAAUGAUUUUUCCGCUGAUCGCGAGAAAAGCCAAAGAGAUAGGGGGGAACGUGAACAUUUCGAUAUGGAACCAUCGCCGAGUACCACAUCGACACCGCCCAUAACUGGCACAACACAAAAAUUACGUUUCGAUGAUAAUGUCAAGGUCUCCCAAUUCGAUGAUGCCGCAUUUGAGGAUGAUUUUGCCAAGGCCUCAUCGUUUGAGGCAUUUGAUAAGGAACAGACAACGGCCGCCAGGAAACAGAAUAUGCGCUCUAGUAAAUUACAACAGCGACAACAGGAGCUAAUUAAGAAAUCCGAAUCGGUGAAUAUAUUUGCCAAGAAACAAGAAGAUCCCUUUGAAGAUGAUGAAUUCUUUAAGUCACCGGAUGAACUAAUGACUGAAAAUCAACAGCAGCAGCAGCAGCAACAACAGCAGCAACAACAACAACAGCAACAGCAAGUGGAUGAUGGUGAAACCACAAAUAAAUUCCAAUGGAAUGAGGAGCGAAUUUUGCCAAAUUUGAUGAAAAUAUGUGAUUUGAUCAACUUUUUGCCAAGGCAACAAAAUCAACAGCGACAACUGCAAGUCCAACUGCAUCUGCAUCUGCAUCUGGAGUUGGAGUACAGAGAUUCAAUUUGAAUCAAGGUCAUGGCGGUGGUGGUAAUAAUUAUGCUGAAAUCGAUGUGGUUAAUGACUGCGAUUUUUUCUAUUUGACCAAUCUU